AUGUUUAGGACAGCCGUAAGGGUGACAUCAGAUGUCCAGGAGCGGAUCGAUGCGAUCAACCUAGCGCAACGCAUCGCGAAUUCUAACGGUUACAUUGGUAAUGUAGCACGUAGGCCAGAUCUUGGUGCGCAGCAAGAAUAUGCCACAAGGGUUGAGUCGAAUAAGAUCAAUUUCUGCCUGCCCUUCAUAAGCGACGACCUGAGUAAAGCUAUACGGGCUAGUCUGGUGAAAUGCGGUCUCGAGGACCAAGUGAGAGUUGUGGAAAUACCUCCAACAAAUCUCAAAAAACAACUAGUUCGAAACAGAAUGUACGACCGCUUCUGUCUCACUCCAGACUGUGUAAUAUGCCCAUUCGGGAAGGAAGGGGACUGCAUGGUCUCUGGUGUAGUCUAUCUAAUUUCGUGCAAAACAUGUGGGGACCAAUACAUUGGCGAAACAGGGCGCCCCCUUUGUAUUCGCAUUAAAGAACAUCUAAGGGGGAUGAAACAAUCGAAUGCAGCAACUCCCCUCGGAGUUCACCGCAGACAAUGCCAUGAAAACGUUCCUUUCUGUGUAGCUGUCACAAUUCUAUCGUACGAACCCGAAAUUAUAGCUCGCAGAACUUUAAAAGCGUUUUGGAUAAAUGCAAAAGGUCCAAAAAUGAAUAGAAAGGAAGAGUGCUUAGCCGUGACCAACGAGCUGGCUCUGUAUCAAGACCUUUGCGGAACACGUUGCCACGGCCCAAGCGGAUUGAUACGCAGGGUAUUUUGUCCUUUGUGCUUUUUAUAUGCGAUUGGGCAUACCAAUAAGUCAUUCUUAAGACAUGUGAUAAGUAAGGUUUGUAAGACGACGAUACUGCAUUUUUAA